UUCUAGGGCUUUACAAUUGGGAAAAAGACGGAAACGUAAAAACCCUAAUUUCCUUCUUUUUAAUUUGGGGACACCAGCCCCUCCGAUCUUCUCUCUGCCGGGGCACCGAAACAGAUCCGCGGCGACGUUCUCACCUUUGGCAGUAAACCCAGAUUCCUGACGGACACCCAGCACACGGCAGAUCCGGCGGCGCGGGCGGCGUUGAGAGACCCUCGAACGACCAGCUGCGAACAGGGAGACCCACAGCAGCGGGACCUCUCAAUCUGCGACGGUGAGCCUAAAUCUGACAGCCGCGGCUCCUACCCACAACCCUUACAAACCCUCCACGCCUAUUUCGAUCAUUGGGGAGUUUGAGAGAGAGUUUAUCGAAUUCGUUCUUUCUUGUUUUCAAUUGUGGAAUCUGCUUUAAAUCCUGCUGGUCUUACUCGUACACAAUGACAGAUACAGGUGAAAAUCAGCAGCCUGAACAAGUCUGUAGCUUCUUCAAAAAACCCACAAAGAACAAAAACAUUAGAAAGCGGACGGUUGAUGAAGAUGAAGAGGAGUCUAAAAGUACUGAGACUUCGGUGCUGCAAAAUCAGAAAAAAGCCCCCAAGACAGAUAGCAAACUUUAUUUUUCUUCUGGGCCUUCUAAAAGUAACUUGACUAAUGAGUCAAAUGUGGAAUCUGAUAAACCAAUUUUCCAAUUUGAGUCUUCAAAAGAAAUUCAAGUUCACCAUGAUAGCAGAGCCACUGCAACAUUAGAAACAGAGACUGAUUUCUCAAGAGAUGCACGAGCCAUCCGUGAGAGGGUUUUGAAGCAAGCUGAGGAGGCUUUAAAGGGCAAAGGCAAGAGUUCUGGGGGUGAGAAGUUGUAUAAAGGGGUCAAUGCGUAUGUGGAUUACAAGGCUGGCUUUAGAAGGGAACAUACAAUUUCAAGUGAAAAAGCUGGUGGAGCUCAUGGGCCGCUUAGAGCUUCUGCUCAUAUAAGAGCUUCUGCGAGAUUUGAUUAUCAGCCUGAUAUUUGCAAGGAUUACAAGGAGACUGGUUACUGUGGUUAUGGAGAUGCAUGCAAGUUUAUGCAUGACCGAGGAGAUUACAAGUCUGGGUGGCAGUUGGAAAAGGAAUGGGAGGAAGUGGAAAAGGCAAGGAAGAGAAAACUAGCCAUGAAAUCUGAUGACGGUGAUGAGGAUGCUGCAGAACAGAGUGAUGAAGAUGAGGAAGAUGCCUUGCCCUUUGCUUGUUUUAUUUGUCGUGAGCCAUUUGUGGAUCCUGUAGUGACCAAAUGCAAACAUUACUUCUGUGAGCAUUGUGCACUAAAGCACCAUGCAAAGAAUAAGAAAUGCUUCGUUUGCAAUCAGCCUACACUUGGAAUCUUUAACACGGCUCAUGAGAUAAAGAAGAAGAUGGCAGAGAGUAAGUAAGUAUUUUUUUUCCUUGACCUGCAUUGGUCCCUUGCCAGUCUUCUUUUAAUUUGUAGCAAAUUAUCUUUCUCUUGCUUAUUUUUCAUGAGAAAGUCCAGUUUUCAAUAUCUACUUCUUGAUGAAGCUUAAAUUCAUGCCCUGCUACAAUAAGAGCUUGGAGAAUCUUGGAUAACAUUUCUUGAAAUGUUGGAAUAUGUCAGUGUAGAAGUAGUUUUGGAUGAAUUUAUUUCUGAAUUUCAUCCUCUGUAAUGGCUUAUCUUUCUGUAAAUAUCCCUGAAGCCCCUCAAUCUACUUGUGUUCCUCCCGUUUGAAACUGAAAACCACCACUCUGACUUUAUAACAUUUUCCCCCCUUAGAAGUUCAUGAAAUAGAUAGAUGGUCAGAAGUGGUUUUUAACUAGGACCUUUUGUUGAACUCAUAAGUGGUUUUAAUUAUUCAGUCUUAAUUCUGGAUGGUAUCAA